AUGUCCAUUUGUCAGGAUGGACUCACUGGCAGCGCUUGGGGUGACUGGGCCAACUACACCGCCUCCCCUUUGCGCGCGGAGCCCGCAAGUGCGGCAGCUGCUGGAAGUCCUGAAUUCGACCCAUCCACCCAGAUUGGCGCUAUGGCCCCACUGGGUUUCUUUGACCCCGCCGGUUUCUGCAAAAAGGGCGACGAAGCUGGCUUCCGAAACCUGCGGGCAGCCGAGAUCAAGCAUGGGCGUGCUGCCAUGAUGGCUGCACUUGGGGCAGUGGUGCAACACUACGUGAAGUUCCCAGGCUUUGAGUCCGUGCCCAGUGGCUUGGCCGCUGCUGUCACACCACCCGGGAGCUAUGGCUUCAUUGCUUUGUUUGCGGUGUCUGGCGCGCUGGAGCUUGGCCUUUGGACCGAGAGCGACGACAAGGAGCCUGGAAACUUCGGUGACCCAGUGGGAUUCAACCAGUACACUCAAGAAAUGAGGGAGCGAGAGAUCAACAACGGCCGCUUCGCCAUGUUUGCAGCGCUGGGUAUCAUUUCCGCAGAGCUGUACACUGGCAAGGAUGCCAUCGAGCAGAGAAUGUUUCGCUUAGCGAAUCUCAUUUUGCUUUAUGCGGGCGCGACCGCCACGCAGAGCUCCGUGUCCCUGGCGCUGGAGAAGCGCGUGAUGCAGCAUAGGCAGGCAGAGGAGGGCACCGACGCGACCACGCAGCACAAGAUGGCUUACUUCGGUACCAUUCAGGUGGGCCGCCCACCGCAGAAUUUCACGGUGGUCUUUGACACGGGCAGUGGCAAUUUGAUCGUGCCCGGCCGCGAUUGCACCAGCGACGCCUGCGCCAGCCAUCGCCGCUUCGACCGCCAGAAGAGCAAGCAGAUUCAGAGCGUGAACUGCGAUGGCAGCAAAGUAGGUUACGGCUUGGAGCAGGACGAGAUUACCAUUACCUUUGGCACUGGCAAAAUCACUGGUCAGUGCUUUCAAGACGACAUUUGUAUUGGUUCCGCCUGCUCGAAGGGCAACUUCAUUUCCUCCACGGAAGAGAGCUAUACUCCCUUCGCGAGCUUUUCUUUUGAUGGCGUCUUGGGGCUCGCCCUGGAUAGCAUGGCUCAGUCCAACGAGUUCUCGGUGAUGAACUUGCUGCAGCAGUCGGGAGUCUUGAGGAAGCCCAUCUUCUCGGUCUUCCUCUCCGACUCGGAGCAGGAGAAGUCCGAGAUCACCUUUGGCGACAUGAAGCAGGAACACAUGGCCUCUGAGCUCUACUGGGUUCCGGUGUCCGGGAACGCUGGAUACUGGGAGGUGGAGAUUGAGGACAUCUAUUUCGAUAAGAAACCUCAGAACCUGUGCAAGGGCUGCCGCGUGGCAGUUGACACCGGCACCUCUGAACUGGCAGGCCCCUCGAGCGUGGUUGGAAAGCUGGAAGAGCUUUUGAGUCUGGGGGAUUGCUCCAACGUGGACUCGCUUCCAAAGUUGGGUUUCGCGGUUCGUGGACCAGAUGGCAACCCCAAGAUCUUGAGCUUGUCGCCUCGGGAAUACACCUCUGAGAUCGGCAUGGGCACCUGCAACCUGUCGCUCAUGAACCUCGACGUGCCGCCCCCAAAGGGGCCGCUCUUCGUGUUUGGCAUUCCGUUCUUGCAGAAGUAUUACACGGUCUAUGACCACGAGAAGAGCCGUGUGGGCUUCGCCGUGGCCAAGCACAAGGACCAAGUCCCCGAGACGCUCCUCGAGGUGGAGGCCACCGCGGCGCCAGGCCCAGAGGCACGCCUAAGCAGCUCCUUCCUGGAGCAGAGCUGCCUUCAGGACGGAUCCGUCUAUCGGGGUGUGAACGAAAGAGUGGCUGAGCAGCGUGUCGAAGGGAAAAGGUCGACCUUCGGGGUCUCAGAGGCCAUGCCCAGCUUCUUUGCCCACCGAGCACCCUGCGUGCGAAAGCGAGCGAGGAUGACCGGCAGCGUUUCGAGGGAUGACCGGCAGCACAGAAAGCACAUGGCGCCCCAUGUCGCGCUGCUGAGCCACGACGUGCUGAGCCACGAAGGGAUCGGGGAUGCUGACAGUGGCAAGACCAGUCUCAUCAAUGCCUGGGUGAACAACUCCUGCUCAACGAGCUACACUCCGACGCUGGAUCCCACGCUCUACCACAGGACGAUGAAGAUCCCCAAUCCGCUAGAAGAAGAGGAGACGGUGACCGCCCUCAUCGAGAUUGAAGACACCUAUGCACCGAUUCGCACGGGUGGCAUCGACAUGUACGGCCAGAAGCGGGACGUGGACGAACUCAUCGAGGUGAAGCCUCCCCCGCGUGAGCCGGUGGUCACCCCGCAGUACUACGGGCCCUUCGCCGAGUACGAGGCGCUGACGCAACUGGAGUAUCGGCCGCUCUCCCGGUGCAGGAUGGGUUUUCUGCUCGUCUUCGAUGCCACGGUGGAGGAGUCACUCAAGACGGCCAUGGAGAUGUUCAAUAGCAUUUGCCUCCAGUCCGCGACCAAGACGACCGUGCCGAAGGGCAUCUCCGUCUUUUUGGUGGCGAACAAGAUUGACAAAGAGCCAUUAGCAGAGGAGACGCAGAAGACCAUGGCUGCCGCACGGGCCUUCGCUGAGAUCAAAGAGCUGCCCUACUUCGAGGUCUCGGCCUUGAAGUUCCUUCGGGUCCGGAAGCUCUUUCGUGAGAUGGUGGAGCACAUCGUUCUGCAGCCUCAGCUCUGGAGCUCGGACUCGUUGAAGGAGUUCUACCAAAACAAGAAGAAGGUCUCGGUGCAGGCAGAGAACUGCUCGCUUCAGUGA